CAGAGCAAACGCCUGCCCUCCGGAGGUCAAAUGCCACCCAGAGCCACCAAGCCCGCGGUGACAGCCUGCUCCAGGGCUGGACUAUCCAGAAGGAGACAAGGUGGCCGGGCCCUCGGGCCACUCAGGCCGCUGCCCCUGGGCGGUAAUGGAAUCUCCUCAGCUGGCUUGUGAGCCGGGCAGCUCUGGUGUCCGCUCUGCCCGAGGCUCUGAUCGCAGCGAUCGAGGGGCAGGUGUUGCUGGUGCCAGGAAAACCGUCUCUGCUCACCUUCGGACCAUGUCACAGUAAAUGAGGACGGCAGCGCCCGCCUUGAGCCCUGACUCCCGGCCGGAGACGCGACAUCAGACCAGGAAGAAUGUGGAGACCGCUCCGGGCUCACCCGUGCCCAGGGCAGGGAGGGAGGGCGACAGGAAGCGGCCCCCCUCGAUCCUGAGGCGAAGCCCGCCGGAGCGCCGUGACCGUGGGGUGGAGCCACAGAGGACCUCAAGGCGUGUGAGGUUCCACGAGCCCCUGGAGGUGGCCGUCCACUACAUCGCCGGCAGGGAGCCCACCCCCACCCCCAAAGCGCCCCAUCGGCGCCGGCCCCGCGGCCGCGGCUCCCUGGUGCUGCGGCUGUCCCUGUGCCUGCUGCUGGUGCUGCUGCUGGGUCUGUACUGCGGCCGGGACAAGCCCAUCGCGCUGGCCCUGGAGGACCUCCGCGCCCGGCUCCUCGUCCUCGCCCUGCGCCUGCGGCAGGUGGUCCUCACCUGCUGGCGCUGCUUCCUGUCCCUCUGAGGCCCGACCGAGCAGCCCCAGCCCGCGGCAGGGAGCCCGGGGAGGCUGGGCAGCAUCGGGUGAGCCCAGCACCCAGGCGGCGGCAGGUGGGGCCCCGGGUCACAGGCAGGCCCACGGGGGCUCAUUAGAAAAGGGGGCCGCUCCUAGACGUCAGGACCCACAGCCCGGGCCCCAGGCGGGCCCUCAGACCCUUCCUCGUCCCAUCGGAGCUCUCGGUGCCCUCGGCCUGGUGUGUCUGUCGCCCUUGGAGGUGGGCACACUGCCCUGUGCUCCUCGGAGAAGCGGAAACAGGCCGUCAGCCACUUAGGACCUGCAGGGCCCAGACCUGAAACCCCGGCAGGAGAGCUGGGUCCGUCGUGGGGGGUGGGGGGCAUCCCCUCCCCAGUCUCCUCGCAGGCUCCUCCUGAAGCUGCAUGCCGUUGGGGUGCCGGCUCUGACCCUGCCCUGGGCCUCAGCUUGGGGACUCCACACCCCGGAGGAAAUGUGUCUUGCCCAGCCAUCCGCCCGGUGGUGUGGGCAGAGGGGGAGCCACAGGCCGAGGCGCAGGCUGGCCGGACCCCGUCACCUUCGGAAGCGUCGCGCACCAGUGGCAGAGCCCGUGGGUCCCGUGACCGUGUGUGGUGCUGGGCCGGGGGAGCCACUCAGUGACCAGCUCCAAGGCCCACGGGACCUGCAUGGAGCGGGGAGGCCCAGGGCCAGGCGGAGCCCCCCACCAGGACAGCCUUCAGGUGCAUGUCCCCCGGGGAUCCCUCAGAGUGUCUGUCCCCACUACUUUAAUGGGAACACUGACUUUCUAUAAAACACACUGUGGCUCUUUCAGCCCGGGGCCUUCACCCAGAGGGGGACAUGGGACCGACCUUCUGUAGUCUUCCCGACAGUGGCUAAAGCAGAGAUGGGGACCCUGGGCCUUCCCCUUGGGGUCUCCAGGGCCUCUCUGGCUUCACCACCCCGGGAUUCCAGAGUGGAAGGCCCAGCAGAGAGGGACCUGCGGCCUCGAGGGACCCACACCUGGACCUCAGGGACUCUCAGCAUGGCCCCCAGGACUUCAUCUCAUCUCACCGCACCCCCUGCAAAGGAUGGGCAGGUCAUCGCCCCAUAUUCCAGACGAGGAGAUGGAGGCUCAGAGGUCCAGUCACGUGCCCAAGCUCAUGGCUGGCCCCGGCCCCAGGCUCAGCCCGCCCAGCAGUGUCCUGUCUGAGGACCACACCAGCAGGGAGGGACGGGCGACCCAUCCUCAGGGCCGAGGGCUGGUCACUGCAGAGACCACAGACAGACUGGCCGGCUCUGCAGGACCACAGACGACGACCCCGCUGUUUCUGGAAAAAAAACUGCUCGAAGUGGACGCUGUCGGCCUGAGAGAUGAACGAGACCCCCGUCCUCACCUGUGGAAGCCACCGGAAGGCCCCGCCAGGGCGCGUGCGGACGUGGGGGAGGGGCGAGGGAGGGUCCCAGGAGCAAACACGGAGGCAGGUUUUGACCCUUCAAUGACGGGGGGAAUGGAAUUCUGA